AUGGACACGCUCCAACUAGCCUGCAUCCAGAUAGCCAUAGCCUUGCUCUUGCUUACUCAAGCCAAGAGCACCACAGAGGACACAUCUGCCGUGCGUCCAAAUAAUACGGUCCCCAGCUGUAUUGCCGGUGAGAGGUCUGCCCUUCUCGCCUUCAGGGCAGGUCUAUCAGACCCUACCAACCUCCUUCCAUCAUGGAAGGGUGAUGACUGCUGCCGAUGGAAGGGCGUCUACUGCAGCAACAGAACCAGCCAUGUUGUCAGGCUCGAUCUCCGAGGCCCAGGUUACAGAACCGGCAAUGAGAGCAGGCAGGUACUAGCAGGCAACAUAAGUUCCUCGUUGCUUGGUUUACAUCAUCUUCGGUAUCUCGACCUCAGCUACAAUCGGUUUGACAAGAUGCAAAUACCAGAGUUCAUGGGUUCUCUCCAUCAGCUAAGAUAUCUUGACCUAUCGUGGUCACAGUUCAUUGGAAGGAUACCACCGCAGCUGGGUAAUCUCUCCAACUUACAGUACCUAAAUCUUGACACCAUCUCAUACGUGAGUGUUGAUUCUUCUUUCCAUAGAGGCACAUAUUCCACCGAUAUCACCUGGUUGUCACGGUUAACUUCCCUUGAGCACCUGGAUAUGACUGGGGUGAACCUCAGUACAAUUGUUCACUGGCUUCGCGUGGUGAACAUGCUUCCAACUCUGAAAGUUCUUCGCCUUAUCCAUUGCCAGCUUAGAAUUAGCCCUGAUUCUCUAGAUAUCUCGAGCAAUGGUUUCUAUGGCCCGUUUCCAGAUGCGAUAGGUAAUAUGACCUCCAUUGUGGAGCUUGAUUUAUCAGAUAAUAACCUUGUGGGCAUGAUACCAUUUAAUAUGAAGAACCUAUGUAAUUUGGAGACAUUAGAUUUUUCUGUGAACAAUAUCAACGGGAGUAUAGCAGAAUUAUUCCAUCGAUUACCCAGUUGUUCGCGGAAUAAUCUACAAUGGUUGUCUCUACACCACAACAAUCUGACUGGAAGCCUGCCUACUACAGCAGUAGAAAGAUUAAGUAACCUGAGCUGGCUGGAUCUACACCACAACAAACUCACAGGUCAUGUCCCGGUGUGGAUAGGAGAGCUCAAACAACUAAUGAUGUUGGACCUUAGUUAUAACAACCUGGACGGGGUCAUACAUGAAGGUCAUUUAUCACGUCUAGAUAUGUUGGAGGAAUUGAGAUUAUCAGACAACUCCAUAGCCAUCACAGUGAGCCCAACUUGGGUUCCUCCUUUCAGUCUAGGAACAAUUGAACUUCGGUCCUGUCAGCUAGGGCCGAAAUUCCCAAUGUGGCUUAGAUGGCAAACACACGUAAUGUUUCUUGAUAUAUCAAACACAAGCAUAAACGAUAUAAUACCGGAUUGGUUUUGGACAGCAGCUUCCUCAGUAAUGUCUCUGAAUAUCCGAAAUAAUCAGAUUACAGGAUUCCUACCAUCAACAAUGGUAUUUAUGAGAGCAAAAGAAAUGGAUUUCAGUUCAAACCAGCUUGGUGGUCCAAUACCUAAGCUUCCCAUCACUCUAACCAACCUGGAUCUCAGUCGGAACAAUCUAGUUGGGCCACUACCAUUAGACUUUGGAGCGCCAGGGCUUGAAAACCUUUUUCUAUAUAACAACAUGAUCUCUGGGGCCAUUCCAUCUUCUUUGUGCAAGUUGCGAUCAUUGCAGUCAUUAGAUCUAUCAAGAAAUAACCUCAAUGGACCAAUUACUGAUUGCCCAGUCAAUGAGUCCAGCACAAACAUGACAGAUCUUAGCAUUGUUAAUCUAAGCUUCGGAAACAACAACCUCUCUGGUGAAUUUCCUUCACUUCUCCAGAAAUGUCCACGACUCAUCUUUCUUGAUCUCGGACAUAAUCAAUUCUCCGGGGCUUUACCAGCAUGGAUUGGGGAGAAGCUAUCAUCUUUGUCAUUCUUACGACUGAGAUCCAAUAUGUUUCAUGGUCAAAUUCCAGUCGAGCUUACAAAGCUUGUUAAUCUUCAAUAUUUGGACCUUGCAUACAACAAUAUAUCAGGGUGCAUACCAAGAUCUAUUGUUAACUGCACAGGCAUGAUACAAAAAGGUGACAAUUCUGAUGAACUUUUGUAUGGAUUCACUAGUGGAACAAGGCUUUUUCCUGAGAAUGAACUAGUUGACAAUGCGGACAGUGUCACUGUACUUACAAAAGGUCAAGAGAGACUAUAUACAGGAGGAAUCAUAGAUAUGGUGAAUCUUGAUUUAUCUUGUAAUAGUCUUACAGGAGAGAUUCCUGAAGAAAUCAGCACUCUUAUGGAAUUGAAGAACCUGAACUUAUCAUGGAACAACUUCAAUGGAAAAAUCCCUGAGAAUGUUGGUGCCUUAAUGCAAGUGGAGUCACUCGACCUAUCGCACAACGAUUUGUCUGGUGAAAUCCCUUCAAGCUUAUCGGCUCUCACAUCACUGAGUUGCCUGAACCUGUCCUACAACAAUCUGAGAGGAAGGAUACCAACUGGAAAUCAACUGCAAACACUCGAAGACCCAACAUAUAUUUAUAUUGGCAACCCCGGCCUCUGCGGUCCUCUCUCUGUAAAUUGUUCGUCACAGCCAGAGCCAAUUCCAGGAGAAAACCACGGAGAUGCAAGCGGCGACUUGGUUUCGUUUUUCCUCGCCAUGGGCUCUGGAUAUGUGAUGGGUCUCUGGGUGGUAUUCUGUACCUUCUUGUUCAAGAGGAGAUGGAGAGUUUCAUGGUACUCGCUCUGUGACAGCCUGUAUGAUUGGGUUUAUGUACAAGUGGCUGUUACCUGGACUUCCUUCAGAGCUAAAAUUAAUGGGUAG